AUGAGAUUGACAAUAACAGCAGCAGUAGCAGUACUAAUGACGAUCUAUCAGCAAACACCAGAAGCGCCAGCAACGGCAGCAGCCACUGCAACAACAGCAGGAGUUGUAGCCGGAACAAAACGAAGAAGAGCAGCAGCAGAGAGAAACUUUGCUGAGCUUUGCUUUUACCAGCUGCGACAACAGAGAGAGAGCGAUCCACUCAUCCUGUUGUGGGUGGCGAGGCAUCCGAGGGCAUACGAGCGAAUAAAAGUACAAGGCACCCCAACGCAAAUGGAGAUGGAGCGCGUCAGGGACGCCGCGCGGGUGGUCAAGAACCGCGAGAAGCUGAUGCAGUGGUUGAAUACGCACCAGGCUUCAGUUCAAAGUUUUCCAGAGGCAAUGGGCAUGCGGAUCCGUUAUUGA